AUGAGCGAGUCAAGAAUUUUUCAAAAAGGUCUUUCAUCUGCAGAACGUCGUCGAUUAUCAAAACAAAUAGAAGACCAUCUCACUGUUUUUUCACACGAUUUAUCAUUAUCACUAUGGAAAGGUAAUCCUGAGAUAAGUACUCCAUGUGUACAAAAUUCAUCACCGCCUCAACACUUUGAUGUACAGGAUGCUGCUCAUUCAUCCCAGUUAUCGAAUUCUGAUUUGGAUGGAGAAAGAAAUGUUUCACAAGUUGAUGCAGAAGAUGAUCCUGCCGAACGGAAUUUUGUGGAUGAACCAAUUAAUGAACAUUUGUUAAAUGAAUUAAGUCAAGAAUUAGAAGAUACUGAAGAAAUCGAGAUUACACCAUCUUUUAGUACCAAUCAAUUUAAUGAAUCUGCAUUAUUUCCUUUAGCUUUUAAGGAAAACGUUUCCAGUAAUGAUUAUUUAGUUGCUGCUAUGGGAAGAUUAGCCAAAUAUAAUCUCCCUUAUGAGUGCAUUCUAUCAGAAUUUAAAUGGAUGAACUCAACGACUGCAAUUCCUCAAUUACCCAAUUCAAAAGAGCAAUUAUGGAAGCUAUUAUCAAGAAAUGAUUUGAAUUAUGUUCGCCACUACUAUUGCGUUAGGUGUUCGAGUCCUCUUGGAAGUAAUGAAAAGGCAACAAAAAAUGAUAGUGAAUUGCAUAAAAAACUGAAACGAUCAAAAACAACUGAUUAUAAAAAAUGUACAAGCGAAACAUGUCGAGGCCUUGAUUCCAAAGUAUCUUAUUUUAUUCAAUUAAAACUUUAUCCUCAAUUGCACCAAUUACUAUCGAUUCCAAAUAUCUCAAAAUCAAUUCUCUACCGACAUACGCGCAGAAAAAUAAAUGAAAAUGCUUUAGAAGAUAUUUAUGAUGGGUGCGAAUAUCAGAAAUUAUGUUCAUCGGGUGAAUUUUUAAGCAAUCCAAAUAAUAUGUCUUUUACUCUUAACACUGAUGGCUGUAGUGUUUCGAAUUCUUCUAAAGCAAGUGCGUGGCCUGUCUAUCUGGAAAUUAAUGAACUACCACCACACGCACGCAAAAGACACAUGUUGCUCGCAGGCAUAUAUUGUGAUUUUGAUAAACCAGUAAUGAACAAUUUUCUUGUUAAAUGUAUGUCGGAGUUAAAUGACUUAUAUAGGAAGGGAAUUCAGUGGCUAAAAUCCGAUGGGACUAAAGUUGAAAGUAAAUUUGUACUUCUUAUGUGCAGUGUGGAUUCAAUUGCUCGACCACCAAUUUUACGGAUGACGCAAUUUAAUGGUGACUUUGGUUGUACAUAUUGUUAUUCAAGGGGUUCUACGUCAGAUAAUAAUCAACUUGUCCGAUAUUAUCCUGCAUCCGAACAAAUUCGACUUCGUACUGAUAAAGAAUUAAGACUUGGUAUGUUAAAAGCAUUUAAAGAUAAUAAAAAAGUUAAUGGUGUAAAAGGUAUAUCUAGUCUUAUAUCUUUUCCAAAAUUUAAUCUGGCGAAAGGACGAAUUGUAGAAUGCAUGCACAGUGUUUAUUUAGGAGUCGUAAGACAGCACAUUCUAUUACUACUGGAUCUUGUAGAUUCUAAAUUUUUUAAUCAUAUCAAUGGACGUACAGCUGCUAUCAAACCUCCUACGCGAAUUUCAAGAUUACCACGGCCAAUCGGAGAAAUCAAAAAUUUUAAAGCGUCGGAAUUCCGUAAUUGGCUUUUAUAUUAUUUUUUAGUUUGCUUCGAUGGAUUGUUAGAAAGUAAAUAUAUGAAACAUUUCGCUUUACUUUCUCAAGCAAUUUAUUACCUCAAUCAAGCAUCAAUUACACUCGAGGAGCUUCAUAAUGCAGAAAUAUUAUUAGAUCAAUAUGUUGAGCAAUUUGAAGAAUUAUUUGGCAUUGAAAAUAUGACUUUUAAUGUUCAUCUAUUGAAACAUUUACCACAAACCAUACGGAAUUGGGGACCUAUGUGGGCUCAUAAUGCAUUCACGUUUGAGUCUUGGAAUCAUCGAAUAAUGGAAUGUAUCAUAAGUCCAAAAGACCGUGUACUCCAAGUCGUCAACCGAUUUUGUAUUAUGAAAUUCAUAUGUAAUAUGUCACAUGAAGAUUCUGUCAGUUUUGACACAAAAUUAUAUCUUAAUUCUUUGUUUCCAUCAUUUCAUUUUGAUGAUAAUGACAGAUCAUUUAUCGCAAAAGGAAAUUCUACAGAUAGUGUACAUUCAUGUAUUCCUCCACAAUAUUCUACAGCUAAUUGUACAUCAUACGAUGACGCAAGAAUUAAUAAUAUACAUUAUCGUAGAAUAGACAAAAAUCCUGAUACCCAAUUUUGUAACAGUUAUGUUUACUGUAAAAAUGUAAGGUUUGGAUGUAUCGAAGAUAUUAUUGAACUAGAAAAGGAUGGUGAAAGAAUCAACGGACUAAUAGUAAGGAAGCUGAAAGUAAAGAAAAAUGUAUUAAACACUACUUAUAUUAAUUUUGUCGAAUCUACAUCAGAGUUGAUAUUUGUACCUAGUAAUGAAGUAGUUGCUCCAUGUAUAGUGAUACGUGAAAUCGAUGAUUGUAAGUACAUAGUGAAACUACCAAACACCUGGGAAAGUGAUUAG